AUGUCCGCCCCUCUCCCUCGUCUCGACCCUUCCGCUCAACGUCUCGACACUCCCGCACAGCGCGCCCUUCGUACCAGAUCGCCUCACUCGGCCACGGCGUCGCCACGGAACACGAUGUACCGCAUGGCUAGCUCGGCGAGCCUCGCGGGCGAUUCUGCCUUUGUCGCAUCCUCGCUCCCUCCCCUUCCGCUUCUCGAGAAUCGCUCGCGUCCGCCCAGUCCAGUCAAAGCCGCGUCGACGAAGCCGCUAUCUCGACCGCCGCGACCCCACCGUAGACGGCGACAAGUAGCAAUACUCGCCCUGAUCCUCGUCGCUCUCUUGCUCUGGUCCCGCUUCUCCCCUCCCUUCAUCGACUUUCUCUACCUCGCCCGCUUCAAACUCCGCGACCACGCCCACAGCGCUCAGUGGACCUCCCUCUUCCUCCUCCCGUUCGGCUUGCGCGCCUCGCCCUGUUCCCUCCGCAAACAACCCCUCCUGUUCGUCCGAGGUGAACGACAAGUCGCGGUCGUCUGGGAGACGAAUGACUGUCCGGCUUCGCUGGACAAGCAGUGGCGCGCGAGAUGGGUCAAAGGAGCGGGCGAAAGGAGGGUCGGGACGGCUAUGCCUGGAUUGGCGUCGGCGGGGAGAUGGAGCGAUGCGGUCGUCAAGACGGAGACGGUCGUCGAGGAGACUGCCCAAUUGGGCGGGCGGGUCGUCUACACUGCACUCUUGGACGAUCUCGAAGGCGGCGAGAUGUACCAGUACGAGCUCGUGCUCGUCGACACCGCCUCACACCGAACGAGCACGCUCAUCCGACACUCGUUCCCCUGGGUGGGCGGGUACUCCUCCCCACAGCCUACGACCAUCCACAUUGCCUGCGUCGCCGACAAUCAAUACAACCUGCGCGUCUUCCGCCGUGCCCUCCUCCGCCUCUCCUCGCUCUGCUCCUCCCUCUCCUCCUCAACCUACUUCCACCCCUCCUUCCUCCCUCGCUCCUUCACUCGCCCCACUUCCUCCCCUCUCAAGCGGCCACACCUCCUCCUUCACGCGGGCGAUGCAGUCCAAAACCCUCACGACCUCGCGCAGUGGCAGACAGACCUGUGGGACCCGCUUACGCGCGGAGGCGCGGGCGUGAUGAGCGGUCAAUUGACGCCGAUGGUGCUGGCGAGGGGGAACCACGACUGGGAUUCGACGGGACGGAACGUCUAUUCGGGCGGAGUGAGCGGGGCGAGUUUGCGCCCCGAGUGGGAGGAACACCUUCGCCACGAAGGGCUGGAAGAGGGGAUCACACCCGUGCAUUCCAGGCGCGGGAUCUACCACUCCUCCUCGCCUCACCAACGCAUGCGUAUCCUCGUGCUCGACUCGAAUCUGCCGACCGAGGCGGAACAAGCUGCGCAGGAACGGUGGGUCGAGUGGGAGGUCGAGCGGCGAGAAUGGCGCGAGGCGAGUUUGAGGGUUGUCGUCGUGCACACGGCGCCGUGGAUCGAGUGGUGGGACAGGACAGCGUGGACGCAGGGCGGAGAGUCCGAAUGGUCCUCCUACGUUCGCCGCCGUCUCAUCCCGCUCGUCGCCCGUUCUGGCGCCUCCCUCGUCCUCUCCGGUCACUCGCACGCCUACACGCGCGGCUUCCUCCCCCUCUCGCUCGUCCCAUCCUUCGCCUCCGCGCCAAACUCUUCCGCCGUCCCUGCGCUCGCCCGCGCCGCAGCCCUCGAACGAUCGUGGGAGCGCAGCACUAGCGUUCGCGAGCGUGGGACGGUGGAAGACGAGGGCGCGGUGUUGAUUACGUUCGGCGGAGCAGGCGGGACGCUGGACGAGGACCGAGUUGAGAAUUGGGGGUUCAUGAGUCGGUCCGUGAGCGGUGUACAUCAUACCGGGUGGAUGGCAGUGUCUUUUGGCGACACAGCGGCGGCGAAGGAGGUAGACCGCGCGAUGCAGCGACGAGGGAAAAAGAAGGCGCCGAGCGUCUUUCGACCCAAUCCGCCUCGGCGAUGUCGCGGGACGGAACAGGUCGUGCGGGAUGUGAUCGAGUGGCGGUCUGUGAGCGUGUAUGACGGCGGGAAGGAGCUCGACAGGGUGUUUAUCGUCGCAGAGUCGUGUGCGAAGUUGUAA